AUGCGCACCAAAACUGAGUACAACUCUCCUAGAUCUAUGGGCAUCCAAAUUUCUCCAUCCAGCUUACCUCUAUCUGCGAAUAGUCUCUGCCUUGCUUCUUGUGCUGAAACGAAAUCACACGAAAUUAUCGACCCGCCCCCGAAAUAUCAACAACCGCUUGAAGACAAUACCUAUCGACAGCAGCUGACCAGAAGAAUCGCCGAUUUUGCUCAUCGAACCGGCGGUCUGCAAGUACUCAAUCAGACUGAUUUUACUCUCCAGCAGCUUUCCGCUUCCAUGUCCGAAGUAAAUGAAAACGUCAAAGGACAACAAGGUGUUUAUUUGCCGGAAAUUCGAGGAUUUAAGAAUAGUAACCAGCGGAGAUCUGAAAUCCGCGCCAGCGAGAUGAAUGAUUUCUGGGCCCAGGAACUUAAUUACGGGGAAGACAUCAGAAACAAAAGCCACACUUUAUUGCUGCCAUGA